UUUGUUAGCAUCAUUUAGCAUCAUCCAUCUCAAAAAUCUUUUUUUUUCUCUUUCACCAUAUAAAUAUAUAAAUAGAGAGCAACAACAAAACCAGCACCAAAUCUCAUCAAUCAUCAACCCCAAAAACCCCUCUUCUCCUAUGAAAAUUCAAUCUAAUUCUUAAUCCUAUCCAAUCGAUCCUUGCAAUUCACAAUAAACCCAGAUCAUUUUCACCCUCAAUCUUUUAAUUUUUAUUCAAUUGUUUGAUUAUUCGAUUCAUUGACUCGAUCUGUUUCUCAAUGAUUUGGGUGGAAUUUGAAGCAUAGAUAUGUAUUUUUUGUGAUGAAUCUGAUAUGCUAUAGUAGUCUAAUUUGUUAUCUAAUUUAGAGUAAUUUUAAAGAUGCCUGGAUUAGCUCAGAGAAAUGAGCAAUUGAGUAAUGAUAAUGCAACGUGUAAUAGUAGUGUUUACUCACUUUCUACCACCAAUGGGUUCUGGUCGAAACACCGUGAUGAUGUUAGCUAUAAUCAGCUACAGAAGUACUGGACUGACUUGCCACCUCAAGCUCGACAUAAGCUACUACGGAUUGACAAGCAAACUCUAUUUGAGCAAGCUCGUAAAAACAUGUACUGUUCUAGAUGUAAUGGACUACUGCUCGAAGGCUUUUUGCAAAUUGUCAUUUAUGGCAAGUCUUUGCAGCAGAACAGUGAAGGCGGACAUCUUCCUAAAAACCGAUCAGGAGCCUCAAAAACUUAUAAUGACGGUGAAUUGAGUAUGACGAAUGGGUGCCAAGAUGAAAUUCAGGAUCCAUCUGUCCAUCCCUGGGGGGGUCUGACUACAACACGUGAUGGCUCAUUGACGCUAUUGAACUGCUAUUUGUUUUCAAAGUCUCUUAAAGCUCUCCAAAAUGUUUUUGACAGUGCUCGAGCAAGGGAACGUGAAAGGGAAUUACUCUAUCCGGAUGCCUGUGGUGGGGGAGGUCGGGGUUGGAUAAGCCAAGGAAUUGCAAGUUAUGGUAGAGGACAUGGAACUAGAGAAACAUGUGCUCUGCACACUGCAAGGCUUUCUUGCGACACUUUAGUGGAUUUCUGGUCAGCACUUGGAGAAGAAACUCGGCUGUCUCUUUUAAGAAUGAAGGAAGAGGAUUUCAUUGAGAGGCUUAUGUACAGGUUUGACAGCAAGAGAUUUUGCAGAGAUUGCAGACGUAAUGUUAUUCGUGAGUUCAAGGAGCUAAAGGAGCUGAAACGCAUGAGGCGAGAACCUCGUUGCACUAGUUGGUUUUGUGGUGCAGAUACGGAUUUCCAAUAUGAGGUGACUGAUGAUGCUAUCCAAGCUGAUUGGCGCCAGACAUUUGCAGAUACUGUUGGAUUAUAUCAUCACUUUGAAUGGGCAGUUGGGACAGGAGAAGGGAAAGCCGACAUUCUAGAAUUUGAAAAUGUAGGCAUGAAUGGAAGUGUUCAAGUCAGUGGCUUAGACCUUGGUGGUUUAAGUGCAUGUUUUAUCACCUUGAGGGCUUGGAAACUAGACGGGCGACGUACUGAUCUUUCUGUAAAAGCUCAUGCGUUAAAGGGUCAACAAUGUGUGCAUUGCAGGCUAGUAGUUGGUGAUGGUUUCGUUACAAUCACUAGAGGGGAAAGCAUCAGAAGAUUUUUUGAACAUGCCGAAGAGGCUGAGGAAGAAGAGGAUGAUGAUUCCAUGGACAAGGAUGGAAAUGAGCUGGAUGGAGAAUGCUCCCGUCCACAAAAACAUGCGAAGAGUCCGGAACUUGCUCGAGAAUUUCUUCUUGAUGCUGCUACUGUUAUUUUUAAGGAACAGGUUGAAAAGGCUUUCAGAGAAGGAACUGCACGCCAAAAUGCACACAGUAUCUUUGUUUGUCUUGCACUAAAACUGCUUGAAGAGCGUGUUCACGUUGCAUGCAAAGAAAUUAUCACAUUGGAGAAGCAGAUGAAACUUCUUGAAGAAGAGGAAAAAGAAAAACGUGAAGAAGAGGAACGCAAGGAGCGGAGAAGGACAAAAGAACGAGAGAAAAAACUCCGAAGGAAGGAGAGGUUAAAAGGCAAGGAAAAGGAUAAAGAAAAGAAGAGCUCCGAAUCCAAUGAUACCUUUGAGGCCUCGGAAGAAAAAACCUUUGCAGAUGUUGAUGAGGAACCUAAUACUGUCAUCAGCUUAAGAGAUUCAGUGAGUGAAACUGGUGAUACUCUAUCCGUGCCUGAAUAUGCUGAUAGUCAGGAACAAAAAUCUCUGAAUUCCAUGAUGCAAAAUGAUUUCUAUGAUAGUCUGAGCGGAGAAAUUACUGAUGUGCAAGAUGCGGCUGGUUCUUUUACAAUUGAGCAGUCAAAAUUUUCCCGCCAGAGACUGAAAUUUCGAAAAGAAGUUCAAGCUGAUCCCUCAACGAAGUGGUCUGAUAGACGUCGAUGUGCAGUUGUUUCAGAAAAUGGGGCUACCGUCAGCAGGUCCGAGUCGAGACAUUACAGUGAUAAUUUUGAGACACCUACAAAGGGUGUCAACACAUCACAUAGGCAAUCAAGGAUCAAUGGCCCAAAGUCCAAUGGUCGAAAUUGUGGCCUCAAGUUUAGUGAGAAGUUCCAUUGCCUCAACAACAAGAUGAAUGACAGACAUGACUUUCAUUCUUGCAGCUGUCACCAAAACAAUGAAUACAGAGUGAAGGUUGAACCGCAAGUUUCUGCAGUAAGAAUCGUCAGAGAUAGCAAACCUGUUGGUAAGUCAGAAUCUACGACGGAUAUGUCCAGACAAUUUUAUCGUGGGAACAAGUAUGGGCAGACAGAUUACAUCCGUGAAGGUUGUGGAAGAGUCAAGAAUAAUUCUUCUGGCAGAGAAAUGCUUCAUUCUAAGAAAGUUUGGGAGCCUCUGGAAUCUAACAAAAAGUAUCCUCGGAGCUGCUCAGACACUGAUGUCACCUUGAGGUCAUCUAGUUUCAAGAUUGAGGGUGUAGAAUCUGAUGCUAACCUUUUUGAGUCAUCCGGUGAUACAUGUUCAGGUGAAAUUACUGGAUUUUCUGAUGAAAUUGAUCACGAGGACAAAAAUAUGGAGGAAUCAGGAAACUCUAGUGUUAAUAAAGACUGCAAUAACGGACAUAAUGUGAAAGCCACAGAUGACCCUGGUUACUUGACAAUUCCUUUUGGUGAUGCCAGCUCAUGUCCUGCUAGUAAGAACUCUGGUUUUUGUGGGAGUUCUGAUCCCAGCUUAGGUAGUUCUUCAAAUUCUGAUAACUGCUCUUCUUGCCUUAGUGAGGGAGACAGCAAUACAGCUUCUUCUAGCCAUGGGAAUUUGGAAUCAUCUUCCACAUCGGAUUCAGAAGAUACCAGUCAACAAUCAGAAGGAAGAGAAGCUUUACUGUGCGAAAAUGGUUUCUCAAAUCCUCAUGAAGUGGACAUGGAGAACAAACCAAGUGUAAAUGGAGGGGACACAUAUGGAAGCAGGAAGCAAUUUGCACUUCCACCCGAACCUCCAAGAAUGAAUUCCGUGGGAAAUAUGCGGACAAAAACUGCCCAAAACACUGAGCACGCAAUACCAACUGCUGCUGUAGGCUCGCAACAUCAAGGCAUGUUUCAAACCAUGCAAAACCAAAACUUGCAAUAUCCAGUGUUUCAAGCUCCUUCAUUGAAUUACUAUCAUCAAAAUCCAGUUGCUUGGUCUGCUGGCCCGCCUAAUGGAUUAGUGCCUUUUCCCCACCCUAACCAUUACCUCUAUGCUGGUCCUCUUGGUUACGGUUUGAAUGGAAAUUCACGUUUGUGCAUGCAGUAUAGUCCAGUACAGCAUUUAGCAACUCCCAUGUUUAAUCCUGGUGCGGUUCCAGUUUACCAGCCAGUUGGAAAGGCCAAUGGCUUGAGCUCGGAGGAGAGAACAAAGACGGCUCAUAUGCAGGAAGCUUCGACUGAUUCUAUGACAGAGAACAAGGUUUCAGCUGGGUCGCAUUUAAUGGAAAUGCCUACAAGCGGAGAAGGCGGGAAUCCUGCCAAAUUGCAUGUCAGUAACUCCAGCUUUUCCUUGUUCCACUUCGGCGGGCCUGUAGCUCUUUCAACAGGAUGUAAGCCAGAAUCGAAAGAUGGGAUUGUUGAUCUUUCUUCAAAAAUCUCGGGGGAUCAAGUUGGAAAUGACCCUGCUUGCAAUAAUAAAGAGACUGCUAUGGAAGAAUACAACCUGUUUGCAGCAACCAAUGGCAUAAGGUUUUCCAUCUUCUAAAAUGUUAGCGAGAAAUUGUGACAGGACUCUGGCAGUGCAGUCUAGCAGUCUCAGUCUACUUAUUUGCUUUCGAAAAUUCGAGUACUUCUGAAGCCAAUACACAAUAAUCUUCCUAUGAGAAAUUGCAAUUCAGCUAUAGUUUUUUAUUUUUUCAGUUUGAUUGGUGACCAAUUUGUCUCAUUUUUUAAAAAAUGUAGAGAGAAAAGUUGGAAGAGUGAUAUAAUGCUUGAGAUUUUCUGUAUGAGGGCAGGUUUUUUUCUUAUUCAUAAUGAAGCAUUUGUUGGUAUGAA